AUGAAAGUCCCCGUCGCUUGGUUGUCCUUGUUCGCGACCUCUGUUGUGAGCCUGUCAGCAACACAGAGCAUCAAUGAGCUCGGGGUCCUCACGCUCGUUCCAACGGCCGCGCCAGUGCCUCGAAACCUCGAUGUUGAUCUCGGGGUCGGGAUUGACCUUUGCGCCAUAGUGACGGCCUGGGUCACAGUGAGAAUCUCGAUUGGACUCGGGGACGAGCCGGUCACUGAGACCAUCACUGAUGAGACGACGGACACUAUUACUAUAUCCGCAUCGACAGUCACGGAUACCAUUACGCAAGUCAUCACUGAUGCCGGCCCAGGCGCGACAUCAACAGUGACAGUUACUGAUAGUGCAGCCCCGGGCGCGACAUCAACAGUGACAGUUACUGAUGCCGGCCCAGGCGCGACGUCAACAGUGACAGUUACUGGUAGUGCUGCCCCAGGCGCGACGUCAACAGUGACAGUUACUGAUAGUGCAGCCCCGGGCGCGACAUCGACAGUGACAGUUACUGAUAGUGCAGCCCCGGGCGCGACAUCAACAGUGACAGUUACUGAUGCCGGCCCAGGCGCGACGUCAACAGUGACAGUUACUGAUAGUGCAGCCCCGGGCGCGACAUCAACAGUGACAGUUACUGAUAGUGCAGCCCCGGGCGCGACAUCAACAGUGACAGUUACUGAUGCCGGCCCAGGCGCGACGUCAACAGUGACAGUUACUGAUAGUGCAGCCCCGGGCGCGACAUCAACAGUGACAGUUACUGAUAGUGCAGCCCCGGGCGCGACAUCGACAGUGACAGUUACCGGUAGUGCUGCCCCAGGCGCGACAUUAACAGUGACAGUUACUGAUAGUGCUGCCCCAGGCGCGACAUCAACAGUUACGACGACCAUCAGUGGUACAACUGUGACCGAGCCUGGGUCCACAGUGACAACCACAGUUGGGCGAUCGACGAUCACAGAUACUUCGACCUUGACGACGACUGUCGGUGAAUCGACGAAGACCGACUUUUUAACCAUCACAAUCUCCAUCGGUGGAUCAGAUGUCACGCAUACAUCUACUAUCACGGAAACGUCUACUAUCGCGCAUACAUCUAUUUCCACGCAAACUGUUGGCGACAGCACCGUGACCAGAACAUCAACUGUCACAGAAACAUCGACAUUUACUAAUACCGUCAGUGGAUCCACGGUGACUUUAUCAGCCUCCACUGUUAUUAGUACAGUUCCAGCAUCGACCAUCACAAGCGUCAUCACCGAACCUGCAAGUACGAUCACUUCUGCUGGAAGUACAACUACAGUCGCAGGUUCAACAACCACUGUGACCAUCACAAGCCCGACCAGUACUGUUACUGUUGUGGACACCGUUUCUGCGCCUGGGGAGACAAAGACACAGAGCAGCACUCUUACUGCCACUGUCACUGUGUCAACCUGUGCCAGCUUAAUCGCAAAUCCCACAUAUACGUCUCCCUCUCAGCUUCCAUCGGAUUAUACGUGGGCCGGCCUUCCAGCCAAUGGCUAUAUCUGCGCCCCCGAGGAUUGCAUCCCAGCUCCUGCUUUGACCUACAACCAAUCCAGCGAGACUGAUAAGUUUGGCAAGCAUUUCAAUGUCUCCGAGGAUUAUUUCAACCUUGAUCCGGAAAUAUUUGGUCUCAACUAUUCCAUCUUCCAGCUUGAAGACGGUGGGGUUGCAGCGUACAACAAGCGCAGCACUUUCUCACCACAGGUCAAAGCUAGAUCACUCUGGGAUCGAUUUGUAGAUCGAAGGGCCGAAAAAAGGGAUAUCGGCUCAGACGUUCCAGGAGUGUGCUAUAAUGAUUGUAAUGAUGCAGCACAAGUUCCCCAAAGCGUCGGGAAAAAGCCAUCUAUUUGCACAAGUGGUUCGCCAUUCCGGGUGAACCUGGGCAACUGCGAGGAGUGCGUCAGCAACUACGCAACUGGAAACUUGGAUAAAUAUUCAUCGACCCUUCUGCCUUCAUUUGAACAGUGGUUGACUUACUGUGAUGGCCAAACCACGGCUUCAGAAAGUACGACCUCCGAUACGAGCGCCACGACUACUAAGAGACCCAGCACCAGCACAAGCACCAGCACGAAGGCCUCUGUGGAUACGACAGCUACCACCACUCAGAGUGGUGGAACAGGCACUGCUACUAGGACUGAACCUCCAACUGCAACCGAUUCAACGGGUGCACAGACUAGUACACAGACUGGAACGGGUACUUCAACUGCUAGGCCACAUGGCACGACACUACUAUAUGGCUCGACACGAAUUGUUUCUGGUUCAACUGUAAUUGAAUCAGGCUCAGCCGUUAUAGAGUCCGGAUCAACAAUCGCCGAAACUAGCUCAGAGGUGACAGUGUCGCGAACCACGAAUGGGACAACCCCCAAACACACAGCUUCAACGCCUGAGAGCUCCAGUAUCACCUCAAGUGUAAGUUCUGAGAACCAUACGGUGACAGCAACCGUAACUGCCACCGUCGCCGGUGCGGCGCCACCAAAGAAUCUUCCUCCUCGAUUAUUCCUCCUAACACUCCUCUUCGCCAUUACGGUGCCAUUCCUUUAA